AUGGCGCUGAAACUUACUGAAAACGAUAACAUAAAUAAUUUUCUGAUAUCGUCUAAUAACGGAGAUUUCGGCGAUUUUGACGACGUUGUUUUGGAAACAGAAAAUCCUAGAGAAACAUAUGCAAUACAACUAAAACAUUUACAAAACAAGAAGUGUAUAACUUUAGGUGAUCUUACGACGACAGGUUCAAAGGCAAAUUUUGCGAUAAAAAAAUAUUUUGAGUCGUUUAAAAAGGAAUCUGCUUUGCGCAACUGCAAAUUAUUUUUAAUGACGAAUAUUGACUUUGGCGUCCGAGGCACCUUUUCCAUAAAAACAGACGCACAAGAGAUUAACAUAGAAGUUAUUGAAUCGGUUUGCUCUAUAGACAUAAUUAACAUAUCGCAAAAAGCAAAAUGCUAUCAGUUUAAAAUUUCCGAAAAUAAUGAUAUCCAAGAUUUGACAAACGAAAUGUGUGACUAUAAAGCUUUCUUCAAAAAUUUUUUCAUCUAUUCGAAACAACUCAACUUGGAUGCAUUACAAAAAACAAUCAAGUCAGAAUUUGAUGAACUGCUGGUUCCUGAGAUUGCAAAUGACGUAUUUCUGCAAUAUAUACACUUUAUUACAAAAUGGAAUAUGAUAGAUAACGAAAAGGAAAAACUCGACAAAACAAUGAUGGCACGAUUGUUGGCUCUUCAGAUCGCGACUUCUUCAAUUUGCCCGAUAUCCUUCGAAACAGUAAACAUUCAUUUAGAAAAUGCCAACUAUCUGCAGGACGCAAUUUCCAAAUUUCAUCUGACAGUUUUUAGCAGUGAUUCGUGUGAAAACGUACAAACUCUUUGGAGUAACAUAAAGGAUGAAUUUGACAGUGAGGCUAUUAAUGAAUUAAAUGAAGAGAGGAAGAGAUACCACAUUAAAACAAAAUAUGUGAAUAACAUAAGCGAGCUAAAUAGUACUAGUGGUGUUGAAUGCGCUAAACUACUUUGGUUGAUGAACAAAUGUCCCUUAAUUUUGAAAGAAAGUUCCUGUGCUUACAAAGCUAUCAAUAUUUGUAAAGACCGAUCGUUCGUAAUGGUUGCAAAAAAUUUUUCCAAGAGGGAAAUAAACGGCGGCUCAGUUUUUCUACAACUAUCAAAUAUUGAAGAUGAUAAUGAUUUGACAAAUUUGAAGAUGAAUUUUGAAUGUCGGUUCAAAAGUCAAACAAUCAAGUUAGAAGAACUUACUGAAGGUCAUAAAGGAUUCCAGCAGUUCAUAACCACAGAUAUAUUAUUGGAAAUGGUUCAGGGUCCUUACGAAAUUAAAGAACUGGAAGGCACUGUUCAAAAUCUGCCACUAGAAACGUGGAGUAGAUACAUUAAUAGAUCAUUGACUAGAACUCUCGUCGAUAACAAGUAUUUAGAGAACAUGAGGCGCGAUACCAUGAUUUUAAUCACUUGCUUAAAGGAUGAAAUACUUCCUUUACUUAAGAAAAUGCGUAAUUUACCAGUUAAUGUUAACUGCAAUGACCACAAUAAGUAUGUUAUCGUUUCUAACAAAAAAUGUAAAGUUCUCAAUUACAAACCCACGAUAUAUAUCAGCGAUGAACAAUUUUCCAGUCAAGAGUUUCAAAACAUUUGUGAAGCUACAAACAACUGGAUAACUUGUCGAAUUCAUUUAGAAAAACUACUUGAAGAGAAACUUGGAGUUUUAUGUAAACGAAUGAUUCGGCUAAGCGCUAACCAACGGCAGCAGUAUAUGAUGAAGAGUUUAGAAAAGAAAUAUUCCGUAAAGAAGACUUUCGACGAAAUAUUAGAAAAAAUCGCGUUUGCUGGACACGGGGAAAUAUUUGGAAAUCCCUUACAGCUAUUUAUGGUGGCCACAUUACUCGAAAAUAACUACGAUAAAUACAUCACGAUGUUGGACCAUUUUAAAAUCAUUACCAAUCUCUAUCGAUAUUUUGUUGACGAGAAAUUUAAUUUAUAUAAUCAAGAAAAAGCCGAAUUGACAAUUUUAAACAAUCCUUUUCAGUAUCAAAUUUUACAAGAUGGCAAAAAAGCUAGAACCAAAGAUUAUCAAGCUGCAGCUCUUAAGAUCCUUUUAGAUGAAACUAUGUUCAAUCAGCUUAAUCUCAACUGCGAUGAUUUUUUAUUAGAUGUUGCUUCAAAAGGAGACUACGCUGGUUUUAUAAGCAGUGUUACAGAAAGCAACCAUCCCACAUUUGUACACAAUUGUUACGCCGAAUAUUUCGCAGCUGAUUAUCUAGCAAGCAAUCGCAAAAACGUUCCAAACUUCGAAUUUAUAAUUUCUAACUUUAAACAUGACAACGUUCGUUUGUUCUUCGACAUGAUAUCAGCUCAUAAUUGUCCUGCCCACAUUGCAGUCUUGUAUCAAGAUUUGGAAACUUUGAAGCAAUACGACUAUGAAGAACUGUGUAAAAAAGAUGACGAAGGAAGAAAUGCCCUAGAACUCGCUUGCACUUGGGGACAACGAUAUCCUGUUCUGCAGGUUACGAAAUCAAAUAAGACAUACUUUGUUGAGGAUUAUUCAGUUUAUAGUCACGAAACAAAUCAGAGACUUGAAGAAAUCUUAAAAUAUUUAUUAAGCCAUUUCAGGGUGAAAGAUUUGCUUGAAAUAAACUGCUUUUCUUAUGCGGAAAAAUACGAGUGCUUAUUUGUUCUCGCCACGAUAAUUAAAACAUGUAGAAUGAAGUCUACUACAUUAAGUGACGACACUGUUUGCAGUAUUUUAUACUACUGUGUAAAAUAUGAACGAAGAGAUUUUAUCAGUCUAUUAGAGAAGAAUCAAGAUGUAUUAAAGAUCAUUUUAUCUGCAAAACAAUGGCUAUUUUUCGCUUGUCAAAAUGGAGACGAAAAACUUGUGAGCACUUUGCUUCACUUUGGAAUCGACUUGAAUUGUAUGGAUGAAGAUGGUCGGACGCCUCUAUAUUUAGCUGCAUCUAGAGGGCACGAACAUAUCACACGAAUUUUACUCGACAGAGGAGCCAAAUUUGACACUCUCUGUCAUAAAAAAAAUACUUUGCUUCACGCAGCAUGUCAAAGUGGUAACGAAGUACUCGUGGAGGAUUUGCUCCAACGCGGACUGAACAUAAACGCAUGUAAUUCCGACGAUCUCACACCCCUUCAUUUGGCAUGUCUAAGUGGCUACGAAGGAGUAGUGAAGGUAUUGAUUAGUAACAGAGCUAACCUCAGUGCUUCUGAUAAACACGGUCGCUCUGGACUUUAUCUAGCCCUACUCGAGGACAAAGACAAAAUUGUCACUUUGUUGAUUGAAUAUGGAGUCGACGUCAAUGCGGCAACCGAAGAAGGUAGAACAAUAUUACAUCUAGCAUCACAAAAUGGUCACAACACAGUCGUCGAAAAAUUGAUAUCUUUUGGCGCAGAUCCAAAUCCCAUUGACAAGAACGGUUUGACACCGUUGGAUCUGAGUUGUCAACAGUCACACGAACAAACAAGCGAACUACUUAUUUCUCUAGGUGCAAGAAUCAAUCUAGUAGAAGAAAACGGCAACCCGUUGGUGAGCAAUGGAGAAGAUUUUGAAGACGGGAUGAUGAAGAAACGUGGAAUUACUCUGCCAGUUUCAAUGUCUGAUAGUAACUUCAACGACAAGACGAAGAUGGCUAGAAACUAUGAACACAUGGGCAUUGCUGAUGUUGUAUUAGAUAUGAUGGGUAACAAUAAAAUAAAAGAUUUCCGUAUUUCUCCGAAAAAUAAUGACCUUGGCAUAUUUGACGAUAUAAUCAUUGAAGUACGUGUCGAUAACAGAAAAGAAACAUCAGCAAUGCAUCUAGAUUUCAGUGGCCAAAGUACUUUAAUUUUCCAACAACUUACAAAGAAAAAUAGUAACAUUAGUCUCCAUAAAUGUUUUGAUUCUUUCCAACAAAUGCCAAACAGCACACAAGAAUUUAUAUUGUUCUUCGAUUGUCAGUUUAUAACUACGGACAACAAAAUGUUUCAACUAGAAGGUGAAGAGUUUUACAUAAAGCUUAAUGAGGUUCCAGUACAAGGCAGUGCGAGAAUAUUUCGCGAUAUGACCCACUGUUACAAACUGCAGGUUGUAGAACACGAACGCAAUAACGAAAAUUCUCCAAAAAUGGAAAAAUAUACAUCAUUCUUCGAAAAGUUUUACAUUUACACAUGUGAAACAAAUGUUGACAAUCUUCAAAAAUCUACAGUGGACAAAUUUUCAAAAAUAUUUGACUGCAAUGCAGACAUUUUUGGGAAAUUCCUCCAAAUAAUAUCGAACUGGAAUGUGAAAAAAACGGGAAAACUACAGUUGAACAAGAAAUUUGUGCAACGCAUAAUUGCGUUGCAGCUACUCACAGCUCACAUUGAGCCUAUAACUGAUUGUUUAGUCAGUGACAAAAUGCGAAUUCUUCGAAACGCCAUUAGCACCUUCGACGUCACAAUCUUUGAAAAUAGAAGCAGCGACGUAAUAAAACAAUUAUGGGGCGAUGUGAGCAACCAAAUCAAUGGGGUGGAAGAACUAAAUAAAAUUAGAGAGACAUAUCAACUUUCUUCUGAUUAUAUCGACGCUGUAGACAAUUUAGAUCGAAAGAUUUUAGCGCAACUGCUAUGGCUGAUGAACAAAUGCCCGUUGAUCGUAAGAGACCAUGAAAAUGUGGCCAAAGUCGUUCAGAUUUGCAGUAAUGAAAAGUUUGUCGUACUUUGCGAAAAGAAAAUUAGAGAGUCUAUUAAAAAUUGUCCGGUAUUCCAGAAUUUAUUUGACUUAAAAUUAAAACCAGAAGUCUAUGAAAAAGUGAUCACAAAUUUUACAAUCUCGUUACAAGGAAACGAAGAACUUAAUUUGAAAAGUGCUUUCGUGAAUAAUGAAACAAUUUUAAAAUAUGUGACAACCAACGAUCUACUGGAUAUGUUAGACGGACCGUUAUGUAUAGGGAGGCAAAAGGAAACACUCUGUCACCCUCAUAUCGAACGGCAUUUGUCACGAACUAUGGUAGAUAUUAAAUAUUUAGACCAUAUUGACGAUCAGACCAUCGUUCUCUUAAAUUUUGAAAGCAAUGUUGAUCAAGUGAAUCAACUCAACAAAUAUAAUACGAUAGAUAUUGAUGAUCCGAAUUUGGGUAGAUCAGUUUCAGGUGUGAAGAUUUAUGUAAGCAGAAACAAGUGUACUGACACUGAGUUUGAAAAUCUGUGCUGUAAUAGAUCAAAAAUUAACGUUGUUCAUUAUUUCAAGCUUUUUAACGACGACAGCUUAGAAUGGGUUCGAAGUAAAGGUGACGUUAGUGGAAUUCAAAAAUAUAAAAUAUCUAACAACAACUAUCAAACCGAAAACGAUUUUUGCUCUUUCGACGACAUUAAGAACAUUAGCUUAAUACCGGCGAACCCUGGAAUGGGGAAAACUGAGUUAAUGGCAAGCUUAAAACGCAAAUGUUCUUCAAAAUACUGGACAGUCACGGUUUAUCCAAAAGAUGUGAAUUUGUUUAUACAAAGUUUGGAAAAAAAUUCGACAUCAAACCGCAUCCAUUUGCUCGAAAGUUUUCUGUUAAACUAGGAACUUGUUUCUAACAGAAAAUUAGACCACGAAAUUUUUGAAGCUUACUUAAAACAAGGCCGCGUUCUUUACGUGUGGGACGCGCUUGAUUUAAUUACAACCCAAUAUUUAGAUACUGUUUCAAAUCUAAUUGUUGAGCUAUCUAAAAAGGGUUUCGUUCAGUUGGUUAAUUGCAGACAACACAUUAAAACCUACCUAGAAAAAAAGUUUGGUGUAAUCUCAAGCAGCUUAAUUGGAUUUAAUAGCCACGAGCAAGACUAUUAUGUCAGCCAGAGGCUUCAGCCUUCCAAAUCGUCUGACGAGAUCAAAAAUGCAAUAGAUAAAAUUAAGUCCAUAUUUGCGUUUGUGAAUGCUGUUUAUAUUUUGGGAAUUCCGGGCGAGAUAUUUGUGCUUGCGUAGCUAUUGCUUAAAAACGAUGUCAUUUUUUCAAAAUUGUUGAAUGAUUCGUUUUUAAUGGCAGAUCUUUAUAAAUACUUAAUUUUAGCAAAGUUUUCUAGCAAGGAUGAAGUUAUUUGUGAUAUUAAAAAUUACCACUUAGAGAACAAAAUUCCAAGAAGUCGCGAAAAAACGUUGACCCAUUAUGAAAGGAUCGCACUGAAAGCAUUGUUUCCUGACGAAAUUUUAGAACCACUGAAACUCGAUUUUCAAUUUUCUACUAAAGUAAUUUAUAAUAACAAAACAUGUCUGCUUGGACUUACAACCGAAGUACGAAAAAAUGUGCCACAUUUUUUUCACGUCUCUUAUGCCGAAUAUCUGGUUGCUGCAUAUUUUUCUAAAAAUCUUAGCGAAGCACCCAAAGAAGUUUUCUUCGAUGAAAACUAUACGAAUAUUCGUUUUUUCUUCGACACAAUAAUGGCACUUAACUCGCCAGCUCAUAUUGCCGUUUUAUACAACAACUUUGAAUUGAUAAAUACCUAUGGUGACGAUAUUUUAACUCGGAAAGAUCGCGGUGGAAGAAGUGCGCUGCAUUUACUUUGCUAUGUAGGUCAGGAAUUUCCUCGUUCAGAAAAAAAGUACCUUGAAGCGGUGGGGAAUUUAUUAGAAAAGUGUAGCGUUGCAGAACAAGACGUCUUAUUCAACAUGAAUCCGUUAGCUUAUGCUCAAGAAAGAGAAAAAAGAUCAAAUUCUAACACUGGAAAUUCCAGGAAUACACCUGACGCACUUGCCUUUCUCAUCGACCACGAACGAGUUGCUGCGUAUUUAAUAGAAUGCGUAGGACAAACAAAGCUUAGUAACUUUUGUAUUCGGACACCACUUUAUGUGGCUGCCGAAAACGACCAAAGAAAACUUGCUAAAUGUUUGAUUGAAUUCGGAGCCGAAAUCAAUCGCGUUGAUGAUGAUGGUUGCACACCGCUUUACGCAGCUUCUUCGAAAGGUCACGAAAAAACAGUCGAAUAUCUAGCGAAGUGCGGAGCAGAAAUCAAU